AUGGAUUCAAUCAUUAUUCAGGAGCUGUUAGCGGAGCGGCUGCUUUCUCCCCGGACGCAGGCCCAGAGAAGCUACCCGGUCAAGCUGAAGGACCACGAGAAGCAGUAUGUGGGAUUCGCCACCCUGCCGAACCAGGUGCACCGGAAAUCCGUGAAGAAGGGCUUUGACUUCACCUUGAUGGUAGCCGGAGAGUCGGGCCUGGGGAAAUCCACCUUGGUGAAUAGCCUGUUCCUGACCGAUCUUUACAAAGACAGGAAGCUUCUCAAUGCAGAGGAGCGAAUCAGCCAAACGGUGGAGAUCCUGAAACACACCGUGGACAUCGAGGAGAAAGGCGUCAAGCUGAAGCUGACGAUAGUCGACACCCCGGGCUUUGGAGAUGCUGUUAACAACACUGAGUGCUGGAAGCCCAUCACCGAUUACAUCGAUCAGCAGUUCGAACAGUAUUUCCGUGACGAGAGCGGCCUGAACCGGAAGAACAUCCAGGACAACCGAGUGCACUGCUGCCUCUACUUCAUCUCGCCCUUCGGACACGGGCUGAGGCCGGUGGACGUCGAGUUCAUGAAGGCUCUGCACGAGAAGGUGAACAUCGUGCCCCUGAUCGCCAAGGCCGACUGCCUGAUCCCCAGUGAGAUCCGGAAGCUAAAGGAGAGGAUCCGGGAAGAGAUCGACAAGUUUGGGAUUAAAGUUUACCAGUUCCCAGACUGCGACUCUGAUGAAGAUGAGGAAUUCAAACAGCAAGACCGGGAGCUGAAGGAGAGCGCUCCCUUCGCUGUCAUCGGCAGCAACACGGUGGUGGAGGCCAAAGGCCAGAGAGUGCGUGGGCGGCUGUACCCGUGGGGCAUUGUGGAAGUGGAAAACCAGGCACACUGUGAUUUCGUGAAGCUGCGGAACAUGCUGAUCCGGACGCACAUGCACGACCUGAAGGAUGUCACCUGUGAUGUUCACUAUGAGAACUACAGAGCUCAGUGCAUCCAGCAGAUGACCAGUAAACUGACUCAGGACAACAGGAUAGAAAGCCCCAUCCCUAUCCUGCCCCUCCCGACGCCUGAUGCUGAAACGGAGAAGCUGAUCAAAAUGAAGGAUGAAGAGUUGCGGAGGAUGCAGGAGAUGCUGCAGAAGAUGCAGCAGCAGAUGCAGGACCAGUGAGAGCCAGGAGGAUGGAGGGCAAAGGGAAUCCCUGGCGACCUUCCGGGGCCCAGCUUGAGAAGUGGCCGUUGUAGGAAGAAGUUCCCCGUUGCGUAGAGACUUG